CCAAAACGGUUGAUCAAUGUUGGCGACGAAUCACAGAUUCCAUUCCUCGUUGAAUCAUCACCUAGUUCUCAGCAGGUGACAUGGCUAUCUCUAAGCUACUGCUGGGGACAAGAACCUUCGGUAAAGCUUAGCCUGGAUAACUUAGAUGCGCUGAAGCGUGGAAUCCCUUUGGAAACACUCGAUCGUACAAUCCAGGAUGCCAUACUGGUUUCUAGAGCUUUGAAUAUCCCUUACAUCUGGAUCGAUGCUCUAUGCAUCACUCAAGACGACGACGGAAAAGAUUGGACUGAACAAGCGCCCAAAAUGAGCGAAAUCUACGGAGGAUCGGUGCUAACUCUUGUCGUUGCCAGCGAGGAGUCCGUUAAGGACGGCUUUUUGAAGGAGCGGGAAUUACGGUAUAUCCCAAUCCCUCGUUCUAGUAAUCAGCCAGACAAUUUCAAUGAUGCUGGACCUAUCACGAAAGUUUUUCUCUCGCCAGAAUGGGACAAGAGCAACGAUCACAUCAAUGGGCACUGGACUAACCGAGGCUGGACAAUGCAAGAAGGCCUACUUCCUAGUCGCCUAUUGCACUACACAUCUUCUCAAAUGAUUUGGAAGUGUCACGAAGAGAUAAGAUUCGAAAGGGGCGUAACCCAAUGUCUGCAGAGCGCGAUAGAGGAAGUCUCGGCAUUCUCUGAUGAUAUAGCUUUUGGUUCUGGAUGGAUAUGGAAACUGGACACAUUUAUGAUAUUUAAAAUAUUGCCGAGAUAUUUACCAGGAAACUUGGACUCUCGACUCCUUUUGGAACCCGAAACCUUUCGGCUCUGGUACAACCUAAUUGAGGAAUACACGCCGAGAAGAUUCAAAAAUAUCAGCGAUCGUCUUGUGGCAAUCUCAGGGCUUGCCCAAGUAUUCGGCAACAUGAUCCGAUGCCGUGAAUACGUUGCCGGGCUCUGGAAACCGGACUUGAUCAGAGGGCUUAUGUGGCACGUCGAAGGCGCCAAGCUUGUUCCUCGACGGUCUACAGAGACCAUGCGAGCGGUAAACGCGGACUUUCCAUCUUGGAGCUGGGCCAGU